GCGCCGCCGUCGCGUGGGGACCGAGCGCGGGUUGGGCGGGCUUCUGCCGGGGAGUUCUCGGCGAUGUCGGUCAUCUUCGCGCCGGACUGGCUGCGAGGGAAGGCCAAGGUGAACCAAGAGACGGUCCAGCGGCUCCUGGAGGAGAAUGACCAGUUGGUGCGUUGUAUCGUGGAGUAUCAGAACAAGGGCCGCGCGAACGAGUGUGUCCAGUACCAGCAUGUAUUACAUAGAAACCUCAUUUACUUAGCUACCAUCGCCGAUGCCAGCCCAAAUGGCACUCCAAAAACAAUGGAAUAAUCCUCUCUGGGUUGACUAGUAGGUGGAGUGAGUGGAAUAAAAUCCAUUUCCCAUGAAAGGCAGACUGCAUCUUCACCACAAGUCUGCUGUGGAAAACACAAAUGAAACUUCUGUGGUUUUUUUUUUUUAACUGUGAAGAUAGCUAUUAACUUGCCCUCCUUCUCAAUGCCAUUAUUUAUUUUAACAGUUAAGUAGACCUCUCACUAAACUUUGAAGGACUCAAGGCCUAGGACAACUAGCACUAUUCUUUCCAAUAAAAAGAAUGAUUUCUUAGUUAUCAUCUGAUGUCACUUUAUAAUAAAUGACGUGCU